AUUUGUUAUAUUUAUAGCAUGUGAAUUAACUGUUAUUACGAAUAAGCUAGGGAUACUCUGCAUCAGUAAUACUUCUCCACAUACUGCGGCAUAGGAUUCGUUUAAUUAGUCCCAUCAGGAAUUGCAUCACCCUUUCUUUUUCAUCUCCAUCAUUGAUCUUUUAUCCCCCACAAGUGCAGGUUGGAGAUUCAUUGUAGGAUGGUAAUGUUUCGUGUAGUAAACUGAGAUUGAUUGUUGCUCCUGUCUAUGUUUGGUGAUUUCUCUUUGGAUCUGGUAGAUGCGCGAAUCGUUUCCCUGUGAGAAGCGAUUUCGCAAGUCUGCCCAUACAUCUGCCGCUGAUGUGUAAUAAGAAACGCUGGUCGCGAUGUCAUCAUGUACGGAGUUCAGAAUCCAAGCAAGGACCAUGUUGUUGCAUCUUUGCCAUGACGUAAACUGCUUGACAGUUUCAGAUGAAGGUUCAAUGGUUCCAUCAACCAAACUGAGUUUGUUCUUCACGCUCAAGCUAAGUCGCAUAGCACGACUCCAUGUAUUGUAGUUGACGUGUUGUGGAAACCAAGAUAUUCACAUGCUGAUCGGAGGAAUGUAAACUAAACGGGUUUGAGUCACCAAUAAACAGCUCUUAACAUGGUAGUUAGGAUGGUGGCAGGAAAGCGUUAUUUUGGCGCGUCGGACGAAAUUCGAAGAUGGGGACGAGGCGAGGCGAGGCGAUGUCGGAAGGCGAUUGGGCAGUAUUUUCAUCUGAUUGGGAUUUUUGUGGUGGCAGAUGCACUUCCGUUUCUUUGGUGGUUGGAUUUGCAGGGGCACAAAAAGGCGAUGAAGAAGACGGCGAAAGAGUUGUAUCAAAUACUCGGAGGGUGGCUGGAGGAGCACCGCCAGAGGAGAGGAGCUUCUCAUGGUAAGGCGGAGGAUGAAGGAGGUGAUGAGGAUACUAGCAUCAAGUCCACCUGUCUGGCGCUUAUACCAUAGCAAGGUACCGAAUGCCAGCUGGCACCCGGCUAGUGGUCAAUGUAUGGAAGAUUCAUAGGAAUCGUAGGGUUUGGGAGAACACAUCUGCUUUUGUUCCUAAGAGGUUCUUGGAAAGCUAUAGGCCCAUAGACGUUCGAGGGCAAGAAUUUGAGUUGAUGUUGUUUGGCUCUAGCAGACGGUCGUGCCCUGGUGUGUUGUUGGCCAUGCAAGUUCUUCACCUAACGCUUGCUCGUCUGCUGCACUGGUUUAAAUUGAAACUGCGCCGGCCAGACUAUUUAUUUGACUGAGAGACUGAGAGACCGAGAGACUGAGAGUCCUGGUUUGACCAUUCCAAAAGUAUCUCCUUUGGAAGUUCUCCUCAGCUCACGUCUACCUGGUGAACUCUUACCUCUGGUCAAGUGUCUGAACAAGAAUAAAAGUUGAACUGCUUAAUUGGUUAAUUAAGGAGGUUUAAUUAGCUUUUAUUUUGUUGUAAUAUGAAUCUUUUCUUUUUGUCAUGGUACAAGCUAUUAUUGAGAGAGGAAAAAUUGAAUUCAGUGGUA